GAAGAGUUCCUUGCAAAGAAUCUGUAAGAAAUCCAUUUUCAUUGGUUUUGCAGAUUUCUUUAACCAAUGAAAUGAUUUGUUGUAAUUAAGCUUUGGUAUCUGAGCAAAGAUGGCUUCUACAGGUACCGUGCUUUUCCAUCGAGGACGACAUGGAAGUGACAGUGAAAAUGACUUAUGGGAUGAUACAGCAUUAAUUAAAGCAUAUGACAAUGCUAUCAGCAUUGUUAAGGCUCAUAUAAACGAUGACCAAGGUUUGACAGACGAGGAAAAGCCAGUCACAACAGAUAAAAAACGCAAGGGUGGCAAAAGGAAGAAGAGACACAGGAAAAAAAAGCAGUGGAAGCCUGGAGAUCAGUGCAGAGCGAUUUUUUCUGAGGAUGGAUUGGUAUAUGAUGCAGAGAUACUCUCAGUAGAUCAGUCAGCUGGGACCUGUAUUGUUAGAUAUAGAGGGUAUGGAAAUGAAGAGGAACAGAUUCUAGACAAACUGAGAUCAGCCCCAGGUAGAAGACCACGACAACAGAAACUGUCUGCUGCAGAGGCUGGGAGCUUAGCAGAUAGCAUGGACUGGUGUGGACAUAAAUCAGAUGCCUCCAGUAAAGAUGCCAGCAUUACACAUGGCAGAACACAUCCUCACAUAACUCAGAGUGGAGGAUUUCCAUGGCCUGAUGUACCCCCAAUACCAACUUCACUUGCCCAUAAUAUCCCCUUUGUGCCACCUCCUCCUCCCCUUAUAGCUGAGGAUCCAGUGGAUGGUGAUAAUGAGGUUAUGUGUUCCAUGUUAAUGGCUUGGUACAUGAGUGGAUACCACACUGGCUACUAUCAGGGUCUGAAGCAUGCAAGACAACCACAUCAUCGAGGAACAUCAUCAUGUUCAGACUCACUCAGAUAAUCAAAGCACAGGAUCCAGUUAAACAAUUACUUUAUAAGACGAGAAAUAAAUUUGUACCAACAGCAAA